UCUCCUAGUCUGUCUCCCCUUACCUCUCCUAGUCUGUCUCCCCUUACCUCUCCUAGUCUGUCUCCCCUUACCUCUCCUAGUCUGUCUCACCCUACCUCUCCUAGUCUGUCUCACCCUACCUCUCCUAGUCUGUCUCACCCUACCUCUCCGUCUGUCUCCCCUACCUCUCCUAGUCUGUCUCCCCCUACCUCUCCUAGUCUGUCUCCCCCUACCUCUCCUAGUCUGUCUCCCCCUACCUCUCCUAGUCUGUCUCCCCCUACCUCUCCUAGUCUGUCUCCCCUACCUCUCCUAUCUGUCUCCCCUACCUCUCCUAGUCUGUCUCCCCCUACCUCUCCUAGUCUGUCUCCCCCUACCUCUCCUAGUCUGUCUCCCCUUACCUCUCCUAGUCUGUCUCCCCCUACCUCUCCUAGUCUGUCUCCCCUUACCUCUCCUAGUCUGUCUCCCCUUACCUCUCCUAGUCUGUCUCCCCUUACCUCUCCUAGUCUGUCUCACCCUACCUCUCCUAGUCUGUCUCACCCUACCUCUCCUAGUCUGUCUCACCCUACCUCUCCUAGUCUACCUCCCCCUACCUCUCCUAGUCUACCUCCACCUACCUCUCCUAGUCUGUCUCCCCCUACCUCUCCUAGUCUGUCUCCCCCUACCUCUCCUAGUCUGUCUCCCCCUACCUCUCCUAGUCUGUCUCCCCCUACCUCUCCUAGUCUG